ACUAUUAACUCACAAAUACCAACAAGUUUACCACAAAUACCAAAAAUAACACAUUCAACAACUACACUAUCAACAACUUUGUCAUCAACACCAUCAAAAGUUUUACCACCACCACUAGGAUAUUUAAAAAAAAAAAAAUGAAAAUGCUAGAAAAAUGUUCUCUAACUUCUAUUUAUAUACGUAUAUUUAUGGACUAUUUAUAUACAUAUAUAUAAUGAACUAUCAUUAUGUUCUACUAGUCAUGAAAGUUGAUGUAAAGUAAUUUAAAAAAAAUUGUUUAAAUAGUAAUAUUCUGUUUGUGCGCAAGCUGUUUGGAGUUUGAUGUUUUGAGCAUUUGUUGUAAUAGUCAAAACUUAAACAAAUUUUGAAUUAAUAUAUCUGAAUUAAAAUAUAUGUUACAUCAUUAUUUUUAGUUGAAAUCAAGUUGAGUUAUUUAUUCAUGUUUGUUUUGAUCCUGUAAUAGCUGCAACUUUUGUUGGAAACAAAAUUAUCGAUCUAAUGAUCUUCAACGAUCUGCAAUGCAUGUUAUUUCUGUUCUUCAUUUUAAGUACUACUGUUGAAUUACUGCAUAAGAACAUGCUCCACCAUUCUCUGUUCUGCCAAGCAACAAGUUUUAAAUUUUUAACUCUUCUUUUUAUUCAAAAGUUUCAAUUCGCUCGAAUCAAACUCAAAGAAGUUCUCAAACUUUUUUUUAAAGAAUUAGCUCUUGAUUUUUUUGGUGUUUAAAAGUCUCCAUUUACUUGGAUUAAACUCCUAGAGAUUGUCAGACAAGUUUAGCAGUUUAAAAAUUUCAUUGUAGUCAUUGACAAUUUGAUAAAGCAUUUCACUUAAUAUUCUAAAAAUAUCUAAAAAAGAGACAUGGGGAAAAAAGAAUAGAUAAAAACAAUUUUACUCAUUAAAUUAAAUUUUUAUAAGGAUUAUAUUUGAAGACAUGGCUACAGGGAAGAAGAAGCACUGAUGGAAGAGCAGCUCAUUAAAAGAAGAACUUUAACUAUUAUAUAAUAUAUAAAUGGUAAGCAACGUUUGUAAUGAGCAACCAAAUUCUUUGCAAAAUGGUAAUGAUAUGCAAGCAAAAGUUUAUAUGGACUACAAUGCAACAACUCCAUUAGCUCCAACAGUUGCUAAAGAAAUUCAACAGUCAUUGUUUACAGCUUGGGGCAACCCAAGUAGUUCUCAUUCUGCUGGUGUCCAAGCAAAAUUAAUUAUCUCCAAAGCUAGAGAAAAUUUGAGAAAAAUGCUUAAUUCAUUAAGUUCUAAUGAAAUUUUCUUUAUGUCAGGUGGAACAGAGGCUAAUAACCAUGUCAUUCACAGUACAAUAAAGUAUUUUAAAGAAUGUUUUAAUGAAAACACUGAUAGAAAACCUCAUGUAAUUAGCAGUGUUAUUGAACAUGAUUCAAUAAUAAAGCCCCUUUUACAACUGGAAAAAGAAGGAUGUCUUGAUUUAACUUUAGUUGGUGUGUGUAAACAUCUUGGUCAUGUUGAUCCAGAUGAAAUUUUCAGCAAUGUUCAAGAUAACACUGUUCUUGUUACUAUUAUGAUGGCUCAUAAUGAAACAGGAGCAAUACAGCCAAUUAAAGAAAUUAGUUCUGGAAUCAAGAAAAUAAACGAGCAAAGGGUAGGAAAAUCUAAUCUAAGUGUAUUUGUACACACAGAUGCAGCUCAGGCUAUUGGAAAAAUCAAAGUGGAUGUACAGGAAUUAGGUGUUGAUUAUUUAACUGUGGUUGGACAUAAGUUUUAUGGGCCUAAAAUAGGUGCAUUAUGGGUUCACUCUUUGUGUCCAUUAAAUCCUAUGUUGUAUGGUGGGGGGCAAGAGAAAGGAAAAAGACCUGGGACAGAGAAUGUAUGUAUGAUUGCUGGACUUGGAGAAGCAGCUAGGUUGGUUAGCGAAAACCUAAAUGUAUAUGAGGCUCAUUUUAAAAAGGUCAAAUUUCUGAGAAUCAGUAAAGCGGAUUGUAUUGGAUGUUUUCACAAGAUGUUGAGAAUUCUAUACCAAUUAAAUAAAAAUUCAUUAAAGGUGACCAAGGAAAGACCAUUUAGAGAUGAAAGGCUAUCUAAAGUUUCAGUUAGAUAAAGCCUUUUCCUCAUGCAUCAGUUAUAACGAGAUGCCGUGCGCAACUCUAUCUAAUACAUUAAACAUAUCGAUAACAAGCUAUUCAUUGAACGGAAGAGAAGUUUUAAAUCGAUGCAAGUUUUUGCUAGCAAGCGUUGGUGCCGCUUGUCAUUCUGAAAACGGAGAAAGCGUGUCGGCUUCUUUGCUGGCCCACGGCAUAACUGAAGAAAUUGCAAAGCGUGCUAUUAGAUUAAGCUUGGGGAGGGAUACUUCAGAGAACGAUAUUGAUAUUAUAGUAUCAGAUUUAAGAUCUGUUUUUGUUUAAUAUAUUUUAAUGCCGAAAA